AAUGAAUAGAUUAUAAACUGUAAAUAUAUGAAUGUUAACUUACAUGGGUUGUUGGGUUGAAAGGUGGUUAUAACGGCCAAAACUGAGAAUGACCAAAGAAUCCCGCGACAGAAAUUAAUCCAAAAGAUCGUUGGUUUACAAGAGAAAAUUUCCACUACACAUUGAAGACCAAAGCUUAGCCGUUCAUUUGUCCUUGGAAACCUAUAUUUAUGUUCAUUAUAAACGCAUCUUAGCAUUUCCCACUCAUAUCACUCCCCUCCAUUCUUCUUCCAAUAUCAUCAUCAUCACAUAGAAGCUGCGAAAACACACGCUCAUGGCUUUGAUCGUCGAGAAAACGACCUCUGGCCGGGAAUAUAAGGUCAAGGACAUGUCUCAGGCGGAUUUUGGCCGCCUAGAAAUUGACCUCGCUGAGGUGGAAAUGCCUGGGCUCAUGGCUUGCCGCGCCGAGUUCGGACCCUCCCUGCCAUUCAAGGGCGCCAAGAUCACCGGCAGCUUGCAUAUGACAAUUCAAACCGCUGUUCUGAUUGAGACCCUCACAGCCUUGGGCGCGGAGGUGAGAUGGUGCUCCUGCAACAUCUUCUCCACCCAGGACCACGCUGCAGCGGCGAUUGCCCGUGACAGCGCGUCUGUGUUCGCCUGGAAGGGCGAGACUCUCCAGGAAUACUGGUGGUGCACGGAGAGGUCGCUCGAUUGGGGUCCAGAUGGUGGUCCUGAUCUCAUCGUUGACGAUGGCGGUGAUGCCACGCUUUUGAUCCACGAGGGGGUUAAGGCUGAGGAGGAGUACGCCAGCAAGGGGGUCCUUCCAGAUCCUAAUUCAACCGACAAUCCUGAGUUUCAGAUUGUGCUGACCAUCAUUAGGGACGGGCUAUCGGCUAAUCCACUGAAGUACACAAAGAUGAAGGAAAGGCUUGUUGGGGUUUCAGAGGAGACGACCACUGGUGUCAAGAGGCUCUACCAGAUGCAGGCAAAUGGAACACUUCUUUUCCCUGCUAUCAAUGUCAAUGACUCUGUCACAAAGAGCAAGUUUGAUAACUUGUAUGGAUGCCGUCACUCAUUACCUGAUGGUUUAAUGAGGGCAACUGAUGUAAUGAUUGCUGGGAAGGUAGCAGUUGUAUGUGGUUAUGGAGAUGUUGGAAAGGGCUGCGCUGCUGCACUGAAGCAAGCAGGCUCCCGUGUGAUUGUGACCGAGAUUGACCCGAUCUGUGCCCUUCAGGCCCUCAUGGAAGGCCUUCAGGUUCUCACACUCGAAGACGUGGUUGCAGAGGCUGAUAUCUUUGUCACCACGACCGGUAACAAAGAUAUCAUCAUGGUUGACCACAUGAGGAAGAUGAAAAACAACGCCAUUGUUUGCAACAUUGGUCAUUUUGACAAUGAAAUUGACAUGCACGGGCUUGAGACAUACCCGGACGUGAAGAGAAUCACUAUCAAGCCUCAAACUGACAGGUUUGUCUUCCCCGAUACGAAAAGGGGUGUCAUUGUUUUGGCUGAAGGUCGUCUCAUGAACUUGGGUUGUGCCACUGGACACCCUAGCUUUGUGAUGUCAUGCUCAUUCACUAACCAAGUGAUUGCCCAACUUGAGCUGUGGAAGGAGAAAAGCUCGGGAAAGUAUGAGAAGAAGGUUUACGUCUUGCCAAAGCAUCUUGAUGAGAAGGUUGCUGCACUUCAUCUUGGGAAGCUUGGUGCCAAGCUCACUAAGCUUACCCCAGAGCAGGCUGACUACCUUAGCCUUCCCGUUGACGGUCCAUACAAGCCUCCUCACUACCGAUAUUAAACUAUGCAUGUAUGUUUAGAGACCGUAUAGAAAUGCAUAUCUAGGGCAUGGUGGCUUCUCUGAAUUUUUGUGGCACAUCAGUUUUUACUUCAUUGUUUGGGCAUUUGGCAUGGGGAAUUUUUGGUAGAAAGAAA